AUGAGUUCGCCUAAGCUCCCGAGUACCUACGACAGUCCUCCAAGCGGACUGAGGCCUUCUGGGCGCCUCACAAGAGACACAGACGCGCCCGACAACACGUUCACCAGCGCUCCGAUUGUUGCGGAUACUUUUACCGACGAAGAAAGUGAAUUUUCCAGCGAAGGGACCGACCUCACUUCUUUAUCAUCAAGCAUCUUGGAAUACGAAUAUGAAAAUGGGAGGCGCUAUCACAGUAACAGAAUUAGUAACUAUGUGAUGCCAAACGACGAAGAAGAGCAAGAUAGAAUGGACUUGACACAUCAUAUAUGGCUCCUUCUAAUGAGGGGUGAACUUCAUAAAGCCCCAAUAAAAAACCCGCAGAAAGUGUUGGAUCUUGGGACUGGCACUGGAAUCUGGGCUCUGGACUUUGCAGAAAAAUAUCCAAUGGCCAAUAUUAUCGGAAAUGAUAUUAGUGCCAUUCAACCGAAUUGGGUGUGUCCGAAUGUGGAAUUCGUUGUUGAAGACUUCGAAACGGAAUGGAUAUAUGAGCCUGCAAGUUUUGACUUCAUUCAUGCACGGUUACUCGCAGGUGGCGUGUCCGAUUGGCCUCGGUUAUUCAAACGUUGCUAUGAUCAUUUAAAGCCAGGCGCUUAUUUUGAAAUCCAAGAAAGCGCAGUAUGGGCAUGGAGUGAUGAUGGCACCUGUCUACCCGACUCUCCGAUUUUUGAAUUGCUGCGAGCCAUGGAUAUGGCUUCGAAUGCAAUUGGAAAGCCAUACAAUGUCUAUCCAUAUCUACGACAGUGGCUUAUCGAGGCCGGUUUUGAGGAUGUCAACCAAUUCGUCUAUUUCCUUCCUUACUCGCCGUGGCCGAAAGAUCCAUAUCUCAAGGAGUUGGGAAAAUUCCAAGCCGCAAUGGUGCAGCAUGCUGUUGAGGCCUAUUCUCUCAGACUUUUUACUCAAGUAUUAGGAUGGGGUGAAGAUGUGUCUAAAAUAUUCCAGGCUUCAGUCAAAAAGCAGCUUCGGGAUAAACACAUGCAUGCCUAUGUCAAGGAGUGA